AUGCACACAUCUCUGGGCCCUGGUCACGCCCCUCGCGAUCAGCCACGCCCAUACACCUUGGCCACGCCCUCCCUGCCACGCCCCCUUCUUGGGCUCGCCUGCCCGGGCCUGGCUCUGCCCCCGGUGGUUCGGCCCGGCCCGGCCCGGCAGGCCCUGACCCGCCCUCUCGCCGCAGCCCCGCAGGCCGCCCUGGCGCCCCGCAACCUCAGCGCCCCGGAGCCCUGCCCGCGCGGCUCGCAGCCCUGGCAGGUGUCGCUGUACCGCGGCCUGGCCUUCCACUGCGCCGGCGUCCUGGUGGGCGCCAGCUGGGUGCUCACGGCCGCGCACUGCGGCAGCAGCAAGCCGCUGUGGGCGCGCGUCGGGGACGACCACCUGCUGCUGCUGCAGGGCGAGCAGCUGCGCCGGACCCAGCGGCCCGUCGUGCACCCCAAGUACCAGCGGGGCUCGGGCCCGAUCCUGCCGCGCCGCACGGACGAGCACGACCUCAUGCUGCUCCGCCUGGCGCGGCCCGCCGUGCUCGGGCCCCGCGCGCAGGCCCUGCGCCUGCCCUACCGCUGCGCCCAGCCCGGGGACCGCUGCCAGGUGGCCGGCUGGGGCACCUCGGCCUCGCGCAGAGUGAAGUACAACAAGGGCCUGCAGUGUGCGGAGGUCAGCAUCCUGAGCCCCAAAGAUUGCGGGGUCUUCUACCCGGGCGUCCUCAGCGGCAACAUGCUGUGUGCGGGGCAGGAACAAGGCCAGGACCCCUGCCAGAGCGACUCGGGGGGCCCUCUGGUGUGCGAGGACACGCUCCAGGGCAUCCUGUCGUGGGGCUCCUACCCCUGUGGGUCCUCCCAGCACCCCGCUGUGUACACGCAGAUCUGCAAAUACACGCCCUGGAUAGAAAGGACCAUGCGGUCCCACUGA